AAAAUCGACUGAAGCACACAAUGCAGUUUCACUGUAGCGUUAUCCACCCAGGAUUCACGUUAUUGCCAGCUUUUCAGCUACCAUGAAAAAAUUUGUAUACAUUUAUCUGGUUUUGACGAUCGGGAUUUAUUGCAACGUUUUAUAAAUUCCUUUAAAGGACGCACUCGAGAAAUAACAGUUAUUUCAACUGCGCAAACAGGGAGAUAAUUGAACUUUCCCGGACUGAGUAGAUUAGGCGGUGGGCCGCGGGAGGAGUAGGCUGGCCUGCGUUACGGGCGCUGACGCCGAAGCUGCAUGUCCGCGUAAACCGAGCCCGAGGCUUCGGGGCCUACACCGCUGUCGUCUAAUGGAGACUGGACCAACCGAGCAGAAGCUCGGCGAGAACGAUCAUUCUCAUUGGCACCUUUUGAGCGAUGACACUUACAAUGUCUUGACGCAAAGACAGUAAUGUGGAAGGAAAUCGCUUGAAGUAUACAACAGCCUGUUUUUAUGGAAAACACAUUCUCAGUGAUCCCUCAUCAGACAGCAGUGUACUGAUGGCAUGCAUUUUUCAAUGGCCACAAAGCUCUAAGCAGGUGUAUUAACUCCACUUUGAACUGGGAUACCUACAUUGGUCCAGGAGGUGUUGGUUUCCCUCAGUAAAAGUAAGGUCCCUCUGUGGACCGAGGUUUUAGUGCCUUUUGAACGGACUGUGCAGGCUUAGCUUUGACAUGGAUGGGCCAAGUCGAAGCGGAGGGUUGAGACAGAGCCGUCGCUCCCGGUCUCAGCGGGAUAGAGAGCGACGCAGGAGGAGAGCGGACCUUGGGGCCUCGUCACCUUCCUCUGGCUCCGAACAAGAGCGGUGCAGAGACUCCCUCCUUGGUGCUAGUGGUGGAGAAUGUCGGCCCGUCUUUCCUGGGGCCAGGCACCGGCCUCCACGUCGGAGAAAGAGGGAAUCUGUGUCUUGUGAGGAAGACAUCAUUGAUGGAUUUGCCAUAGCCAGCUUUAUAAGUUUGGAGGCUUUGGAGAUGGAUUGUUCUCUGAAGCCGCCAGAGCGAGCUGGUAUGCUGAUGGGGAGAGGGAGCAAAAGGAAGAGAGGUGUGGAUGAGAAUGGAGGGCCACUCACAGAGCCAGAGGAAGGAGCCCCAGCUACUUACACCACCAGUAGUUGGGAGAAGCGUAGAAAUGAGAAGAAAAAGAGAGAGGCCAAGGUGUCAGGAAACCUUAUGGAGACAGGAUACAUUUGUGAUGCAGAGAGUGAGUCAGGGGACAAGGCUUCGGACAAUGAGAUUGAGCCUACGUUUAUCGUUAGCACUAGAGAAGGGUCCUCCAACCAAGUAAGUAUGGCCUCUACUGUGAGCAAUGGCUGCGCACUAUUGCCUUCAAACAGUGGGCCACCUCGCCUGUCAGUGACUCCCCGAGUCUCUGGCCUGGAGCGUAGUCAGGAGAGGAGUCUGGAGCUGCCAUACCCUGAAGCCACCUCUACCUCAUCCUCACUUCUGCUGCCCUGUUCUCCGGCGUCUGUCGCCACCUCUCUGGCCGAACAAAAUGGAAAUGCUCCACCACAUCACCGCCAUGACUGCAGUCCCCCACAGCAUAAACACAAGUCGUUCCUUGCCUUCCCUAACCGCUCACAAAUAUACAACAGGAACGGUCCCUCAACUAAGACUCCAUCUUCAUCCGCCCCUUCCUCAUCAAUUCGACCACCCACUCCCUCUACUAGUGUGCCUGCAGGCCGAGGCCCAUCUGGGCCAUCUGGUGUGCUGCGGCCUUCAUCACGCCCAAGCCCUGGUGCGCUCUUCACCCCUCCACCUGCUCUCCCUCCACCUCCUCCUCUUCUGCAGGUGUCCCCUCGCUCUUCAGCAGAUUCUGAGCUGCUACGCCAGGAGCAAAACCCACAUUACCUGGCCCCUCACGCCCCAGAUCGGGAAGGCAGACCCUCUGGGAGCAGUGCCGGAGUGAGUGUUAGCUCAGCAUCAGGCGUUGCCCCCGUUUCCUCGUCCAGCUCUGGGAAUUCCAACAGGGCAGGGCAACCCCAGAACUCUAUUCCAAUGGCCUACCAAUUCCAUCAGCACAACCAUCAACACCAGCACACCCACACACACCAACACUUUCUGCAUCCACCCGCUACAGCUCCACCAAUGUUUGAGAAAUUCCCAGGCAAGCUAGAUGGUCUCUUUCGACACCCAUUUUUUCCUCAGUAUGGACCACCUGUGCCUGGAAUCCAGCCUGUACUUCCCCCAACUGGACCUUUUAGUUCUUUGCAAGGAGCAUUUCAACCCAAGCUUGUUGCCCUCCAGGGAUCUGCUCCAGAUAUGCCUGCUCGCCUGGGAGUUGUGCCUCCCCACCUCCAACCUAAAGACCCCAGGAUAACUGACCCGUUUGCACCAUCACUAAAAGUCAGUAAUAAGCCUGGAAAGUGGUGCGCUAUGCAUGUGCGUGUGGCAUGGAUGAUUUUGAGGCAUCAGGAGAAAGUUAAGUUGAUGCAGGCAGAUCCUCAAAAGCUGGAAUUACGGAAUGACUUACUACCCCGUCUCCCUGGUCCUGGUGGCAUUGGAGGAAUAGGCAAUCUAGGAGCACUUGGAGGUCCUUUGCCUUCAACCCCUGAUCUCACUCGACCCGGCAGUCUAUUUGCAGCUGCUAGUGGAGUCAAUCCGUCCUCCACUUCCUUCAUCCCUCCAUCAACACCCCACUCCUCUUUCCUCACCCCACCAACACAUCUGGAUCCCUAUGGUCGUUCACCUCCCUUUCCACCUUUGGGAGCACUGGGUGCUGGUGCCUUUGGGGGACUGGGUAGCCCCUCACUGGGUGCUAGUUCGGUUUUUGGCCAUAAGGCAGAAUCCUCGGCAAGUGCAGUAGGAGGAUUGGGCAACCCACACGAACCAUGGAGUCGCCUUGGCCCUCAUUUCCUCCCAGGGCCCUCUUGGGCCAAAGGACUAGAAAAGAGGGAUGAUAGAGAUAGAGGAAAGGACAUGGGAGGAAGAGAACUGACUCAAAUAAAAGAUGAAAAAGACAGGGAUAGUCUACUUUAUGGUCGUCAGUCCGUGCGAAUGUCUCCUGGUGCACUCAAACACCGCAGCAGCACUCCUAGCUCUCACAUGAAUGGAAUGGGCCCCCUAGGAAUAGUUGUUGCUCAGUCUGAUGGACAAAACAGGGAACGGGAUCGAGAAAGGGAGCGAGAUCGAGAGUCAGAAAAAAGACAGCAUUCAUCCACCAGAGUACCAGCAUCAACCUCCUCAGCACCAGAUAGACCUCGAUCAUCCACUUCGUCUGUUCUUGCUACUCCUCCUCCAAAUGCCCAAUCAGCAGCAUCCCCUCUGGACUUGUUUGGUAAACAGGCACAUGCUCUUAGCUCAGAACCCUCCCAUCCAUCCCAAAGAGAGAGCAGUGGUCCAGCCUCUUCCUCCUCCUCAGUCAGUUCACUUCCAGGCAAGAAGCCUGAUCGGACAACGACCCCGGUUUCUAAGCCUCCCACUAAUCUGCCUCCUGGGCUGCUUCAUCCCCCAGUUAAAGUAAAGGAGGAGAGAAAGGAGGAGCCUGAGCCAAUCCCCAUCUCCCUACAGCAUCCAGCUGUACCAUCUCAUAGCUUUGAGCGGCCUAACAGUCGCCACACACACCAUCCUUCAACUCCUUCUUCAACUCUUUCACUGACUCCGACAUCUGGAGUACCUCUUCCUCCUCCUACUCCACAUCCUACCCACCAUCAUCUUCCAAUUCUGGAUCGCAGCCGCUUGGCUCUUGAGCCUUAUCCUGUAGUUGUAGGACCUCCAGCUGAUCGAUUUACAGCUCAUCCACAUACACCACCUCAAGGUCACUCACAGGGUCCUCACAGCUUCCCCUGGGAUCCCUGGAGGGAACUUGCUGCUCAGCAGCAGCAGCGUAGAGAAAUCUUAGCCCAACGUUCAGACCCCCAUCUUGCACUGCGCACAGAUCCGCACUUGUCCCGCCUACUUCAGCAUCAGCAUGCCCGAUACCUGGAGGCAGAGAGAGCAGCUGCUGUAGCAGCAGCAGUGGCAGUGGGCCCCCAUCAUCCCGUGGUACCUACUUCCACUUCAGCCUCAUCUUCUGCAGCCCGGCCAGAGUUUGGGUUGAUGUCUCAUCCUUUUGAUCGUCCUCCUCAGGUCGGUGGCCCUGGAGGUGGCAUGCUGGAUGAAGAACAGCGUGUCCAGAUAUUGCGUGAGGACUUUGAAAGGGUGCGUUAUUUUGGGAUACAUCCACACCUUUCUGCGUCUCACCUGCCUAGUCCAUCUCAUGCAGCCCACCUAGACCAGCUGCAUGCAGGCUUAUUGUCUCACACACAGCUUCAUCCUUCAGGUGGUUCCACACCACAUCACCCAAGCCUCUAUUCCCGCUUAGGGCAAUUGCAUCCACAUUCUCAUGUUCCCAAUGGAAUUCUUUCCAAACCGCCAAGUCUAGUUCCACCCUUGUCAGUUGGGGCACCCCCUCCACUUAUUCCAUCGGUGACCAGGGCCUCCACUCCACCUCGCAGCUCCAGACUUGGUGGGGCUGGAGAUUUGUCCCUGUUCAGCUCACAUAAGGAUGGAGAAUCUAGAUAGUACUAGGCAGUGGAGUAUGGUAUUUUCUGGUCCUGAACUGCAAACCUAAAGUAGAAGUUUUGGCAGGACACUUGACAAGCCUGCUGAAGAUACAAUUAUUAUACAUGAGUGUUUAAAUUACCUGAGUGGAGGGCAGAGACACUGCAGAGGGCUGCUUGAUAUAUUUAUCCACUGUGGUUAUAUUUGGUGCAAUUUAAGGUACUCUUCCCUACAGACCCCCCUCUCCCAAUCCAGUGCUUUUCAAUUUAUAUUUAGGAUUUUCUUAAAGAGGCCUGUGGAUGUUCGGAGCCUAAAGGCUAUGUUCUUUAAUAUGAAAUAUAUACAUAAAAACCCCGCAGGGUUGUCUUCGGGCUAAUGGCUUCAGAUGUGCAGUCAGAGAAGUUUGCAUUGUAAUGAAUUGUGACAUAUGUAUUUCCAAUUUAUGAACUUAUGGUUGUAAAAAAAAAAGAAAAAAACGGGGGGAGCUGUGGAGGUUGAGAUCUGCAUAUGAAGAAGUGGGAAAUGGAGUUUCAGCUUAAUUAGUGCUUUUCUGUUUGUCUAGUGUGUGCUCUGUCUAUAACUAGAUUGAAGAAACAGCACGGUUGGAAAAUGAACUUAAUGUAACACAUCGUCUGCUUUUUGCUCUCAGUGCAUCUACAGCAAGAUCAUGAUCACAGGCACAACUUCCAUGAACGUUACAAUAAACGUCUGCAGAAUUAUUUUAUUUUAAUCUUUAAGAAAAAAAAUUAUUAACUGUACAUCUUGUUUGAUAUUUUAAAAUUUAAAUGGAAAACAAACUUUCCCAUUUCCUACACUCUGACUCUACAUGAGCUGGAACAGAAUACAGUAGAAUAGUGAUAUUCCUUUUGUAAUUAUUAUUGUUAACAUUAAUUACCUUAUAUAAUAAACAUAUUCACUGUUUGUUAUAAUGUCAUUGUUUCAGGUCUCAGCAGUGGCGCUCCCUUGUUAAACCAAGACAGUUUUCCAAAAAAAAAAAAAAAAGCACAGUAAAAUUACUUCAAGAAACUGAGUAUAGCAAAUGCCUGUGAACUGAGUUUGUACAAAACCUGUCCUACUAGCUGUUGAUCAAUUAAAAUAUUUAUAAAUUAAAAACUUUUAGGAUGAAGGUCUAAACAGCAUUAUGUGGGCAAGCAUAUUCCAUAAAAGAUGCAUUUCAUAGGAGCAUGGAACAGCAACUGAAUAAAAAGAUGCUGGUUUUGUAUGUGCAAACCAAUAGCAGGAUUAAAGGGACUUAUAAAUGGAGAACAAGACAUUAAUGGGUAACUAUUUGAGCAAAACAUUUUUAUAUCCUUAAAGAUGUUCCCCUGAAAAGAAAGCAAGUAAGAAUAAUUAUUAAACAAAAUUGUUGUUUAUUUA